AUGUCGCAAGACAGGGUUUUUCAGAUUCUGACGAUGACGAAAAGAGCACUGGAAAACAAGAAUGCGCAGACUAUAGGCGCGAUAAAAACACCAGAAAAGAAGGAACAAUCUCUGCAUGUGGUGAAGAUUAAAAGGAUACCUUACGGUCUUUUUGAGAAGCAACUUUGGGAAUACUUUACCCAGUUUGGAAAGGUUAUUCGAGUUCGAGUAGCACGAAGUGUGAAGACAGGAAAUCAUAAAGGAUGGGCAUAUGUCGGCUUUGAAGAUAAAGAAGUUGCCGAAAUAGCGGCAGAAACUAUGGACGGUUAUUUGAUGUUUGAGAAAAGACUCAGCUGUCAUGUAAUGGAUCCAAAAGACGUUCCAAGAAGUAUGAAAAGUGGACCUCGAUAUCUCGCUCCGCCUCACUUGAGAGGAAAAGCCAAGAAAGAAGCGCUUCUGAGAAACACUGCGAAACCUUCAGAACAGGAGGAGAGGAAUAAGCGGGCAAACGGUUCACUUCGCCAUUUUUUCAAUGUUUUUACUGGUGCCUGA